AUGGUGGCUUUCACUAAGAUACUCAAGAAGUUUGACAAGGCAUCAGCAAGUUAUUUGAAAGCAGUGAAGAGAUCCCAUUUCAUUAGCUCUGAUAAGGUUGUUAGACUAAUGGAUGAAGUGGAGUCCAUAUUCACAAAGCACUUCGCCAGCAAUGACAGGAAAAAGGCAAUGAAGUUCUUGAGACCACAGCAGCAGAAAGAUUCUCACAUGGUCACCUUUUUUGUUGGUAACUUCUCNNGUUGUUUUGUAUCACUGUUUAGUGUGUAUAUAAUAUUGGCACACUUGUCCGGUAUAUUCUCACCUAGCACAGGAACAGCUUACAUGGAAACUGUCUACCCUGUUUUCAGUGUAUUUGCAUUGCUAAGCUUGCACUUGUUUUGUUAUGGGUGCAACUUGUUCAUGUGGAGGNNNNCAAGAAUAAACUACAACUUCAUUUUUGAGUUUGCACCAAGCACAGCCCUUAAAUAUAGAGAUGCAUUCCUCAUUUGUACCACUUUCAUGACUUCUGUGGUUGGGGCUAUGGUCAUCCACCUCCUACUAAGGGCCGGUGGCUUUUCUCCAACUCAUGUUGACACUAUUCCUGGAAUUCUCCUCCUGAUUUUCAUUGCCCUCCUGGUAUGCCCAUUUGACAUCUGCUAUAGGCCAACUCGCUACUGCUUCCUUCGUAUAAUACGUAACAUAAUAUGCUCUCCAUUUUAUAAGGUCUUGAUGGUGGACUUUUUCAUGGCUGACCAACUUACUAGUCAGAUUCCACUGCUAAGACACUUGGAAUCAACAGCCUGCUAUUUUCUUGCCGGAAGUUUCAAAACCCACCAAUAUGCAACAUGCAAAAACGGAAAGAUGUACAGACAGCUUGCUUAUGUCAUCUCGUUUUUGCCAUAUUAUUGGCGUGCCAUGCAGUGUGCAAGAAGAUGGUUUGAUGAAUAUGACCUGAACCACUUGGCUAACAUGGGAAAGUAUGUUUCGGCCAUGGUGGCAGCUGGUGCCAGGUUAACAUAUGUUACACAGAGCAACCACCUCUGGUUUGCUCUAGUCUUGGUGACUUCAGUUGUGGCCACUGUUUACCAAUUAUAUUGGGAUUUCGUUAAGGAUUGGGGGCUACUUAAUCCUAAGUCCAAAAACCCUUGGCUUAGAGAUGAUCUAGUUCUAAAGAACAAGAGCAUUUACUACCUGUCCAUUGCCUUGAAUGUUGUUCUAAGAAUUGCUUGGGUAGAGAGCAUCAUGCGGUUUCGCAUCAAUCCAGUUCAGACACAUUUGCUAGACUUCUUCUUGGCUUCCCUAGAGGUCAUCCGACGAGGGCAUUGGAAUUUUUACAGGUUGGAGAAUGAACAUCUAAACAAUGUUGGCAAGUACCGGGCAGUAAAGGCUGUUCCAUUGCCAUUCCGUGAGACAGACUCUGACGGCUGAUCAGAUCGUUAAAUUCAGGAAGUCCCUGACAAGCUGGCAUAGAGGGCAACUGAUACCUUCGGCUGUUCGUGUCACCAUAUACUAAAGAUUCCAGGGAUCCACAUUUUGUUUAGAAGAUCUCCUCCCUCAUCAUCAACCAUCAAGCACAAAUCCACUGCAAAUCGCAGAGCUCCAAGUGCAAGAAAAGCAGCAUCAAAUGGCAAUUACUCUCAUCCACUUUGAAUAUGGCAUUCUAACUUGGAUUUGCUGAUAUCUGAAUAAAUCUGAUCUCUUAGUGAAUAGCCAAAGGCCUUUUUCCCCUCUAUUCUCUGUUGGAUAAUGAAGAAUGAACUUUUAAUAUUUGUUUUGAAGCUUGAAAUGUAUAUUAGUCACUCUGUAUAAUGAUGGGAACGAUUGAUGUAUGAAGCAAGUGCUCCAAUCCAACAUCAAGCACCAGAAAUUUUCUAACUGAA